CCUGAUGCACUUGGUGCCUUCAAACCCAUUAAACUCGUCCACGUAAUGCUUCAAUGUGAACCCUGGCUUGAUCGUCGUAUAUAUUCGAAAAACAGAGAAAGAACCGAAAGCAUAUCAAGGGUACGUAUGCUUCAGAUGAGAGCGGCGACGGCACAAGGAUAUCUUAUCUUUCCCGUCCUCACCCUGGUCGUCACAAUUACCAAGCUCGGGCAAAGUCGGCUUCUACUAGUAGGUAACUCGGACAAUCCCCUAAUCGCAACAGCCGAUCGGCUUUCACGUUUCCUCUAGAGCGGAUAUACCUUAGGUUCAAAGGGGAUUCUCUCCUGUAUUGAGGUCAAUCUAUUGAAGCCUUCGAUCUACAUACCUGCGGCAACCUCGUGCCUUGUGACACGCUUCCUGAGAUAGCCUAAUGGUAGGCCAAUCAAAUUGUCCGUCUGUCACAUGUAGCCAGAGCUUAAGUUAUUAUCAUUAUUAUUUUUCAACAUUUGUCUACGGAGUACACUUCCGUCUGAUCCUUUCAAUGACUGCUCGCCAAUCUGUCCAUAGGAAAGGGUUUCAAGUGACUUCUAUGUUUUACAUAUACCUUCCAGGGGAUUUGGAAUGGCGCGGUAGCAGCUUCAAUCCCAAUAUAUAUCAAGUAUCGAG